AUGCCGGUCCGCAGGGGCCACGUCGCGCCCCAAAACACUUACCUGGACACCAUCAUCCGCAAGUUCGAGGGCCAGAGUCGUAAGUUCCUGAUCGCCAACGCUCAGAUGGAGAACUGUGCCAUCAUUUACUGCAACGACGGCUUCUGUGAACUCUUCGGCUACUCCCGAGUGGAAGUGAUGCAGAGACCAUGCACCUGCGACUUCCUCACAGGCCCCAACACCCCGCGCAGUGCCAUGUCCCGCCUAGCGCAGGCCCUGCUGGGGGCCGAGGAGUGCAAGGUGGACAUCCUCUACUACCGCAAGGAUGCCUCCUGCUUCCGCUGCCUGGUGGAUGUGGUGCCCGUGAAGAACGAGGACGGGGCGGUCAUCAUGUUCAUCCUCAACUUCGAGGACCUGGCGCAGCUCCUGGCCAAGCGGGGAAGCCGCAGCCUGUCCCAGCGCCUGCUGCGACAGAGCUUCCUGGGCUCGGAUGGGUCUCAUGGCAGGCCAGGGGCACAGGGGCCUGGAGCGGGCAGGGUCAAGUACAGGACCAUCAGCCAGAUCCCGCAGUUCACACUCAACUUUGUGGAGUUCAACCUGGAGAAGCACCGCUCCGGCUCCACCACAGAGAUUGAGAUCAUCGCGCCCCACAAGGUGGUGGAGCGGACCCAGAACGUCACCGAGAAGGUCACCCAGGUCCUGUCCCUGGGAGCGGACGUGCUGCCAGAGUACAAGCUGCAGGCCCCUCGCAUCCACCGGGGGACCCUCCUGCACUACAGCCCCUUCAAGGCUGUGUGGGACUGGCUCAUCCUGCUGCUGGUCAUCUACACAGCCGUCUUCACGCCCUACUCGGCCGCCUUCCUGCUCAGCGACCAGGACGAGUCUCAGCGCGGGGACUGCGGCUACACCUGCAGCCCGCUAACCGUGGUGGACCUCAUCGUGGACAUCAUGUUUGUGGUGGACAUCGUCAUCAACUUCCGCACCACCUACGUCAACACCAACGACGAGGUGGUCAGCCACCCCCGGCGCAUCGCCGUCCACUACUUCAAGGGCUGGUUCCUCAUCGACAUGGUGGCCGCCAUCCCCUUCGACCUGCUCAUCUUCCGCACCGGCUCUGAUGAGACCACAACCUUGAUUGGACUGCUGAAGACAGCGCGGCUGCUACGGCUGGUGCGUGUGGCUCGGAAGCUAGACCGCUACUCUGAGUAUGGGGCGGCGGUUCUCUUCCUGCUUAUGUGCACCUUUGCGCUCAUCGCGCACUGGCUGGCCUGCAUCUGGUAUGCCAUCGGCAACGUGGAGCGGCCCUACCUGGAGCCCAAGAUCGGCUGGUUGGACAGCCUGGGCGCGCAGCUCGGCAAGCGCUACAACGGUAGUGACCCAGCCUCGGGCCCCUCAGUGCAGGACAAGUACGUCACCGCCCUGUACUUCACCUUCAGCAGCCUCACCAGUGUGGGCUUUGGCAACGUCUCCCCCAACACCAACUCUGAAAAGGUCUUCUCCAUCUGCGUGAUGCUCAUUGGCUCCCUCAUGUACGCCAGCAUCUUCGGCAACGUGUCGGCCAUCAUCCAGCGCCUGUACUCGGGCACGGCUCGCUACCACACGCAGAUGCUGCGGGUCAAGGAGUUCAUCCGCUUCCACCAGAUUCCCAACCCCCUGCGGCAGCGCCUGGAGGAGUACUUCCAACACGCCUGGUCCUACACCAACGGCAUCGACAUGAAUGCGGUGCUGAAGGGCUUCCCCGAGUGCCUGCAGGCCGACAUCUGCCUGCACCUGCACCGCGCGCUGCUGCAGCACUGCCCCGCCUUCCACGGCGCCAGCAAGGGCUGCUUGCGCGCCCUCGCCGUCAAGUUCAAGACGACGCAUGCGCCACCCGGGGACACGCUGGUGCACCUCGGCGACGUGCUCUCCACGCUCUAUUUCAUCUCCCGCGGCUCCAUCGAGAUCCUGCGCGACGACGUGGUGGUGGCCAUCCUCGGAAAGAAUGACAUCUUUGGAGAGCCCGUUAGCCUCCAUGCCCGGCCGGGCAAGUCCAGCGCAGAUGUACGGGCCCUGACCUACUGUGACCUGCACAAGAUCCAGCGGGCAGACCUGCUGGAGGUGCUGGACAUGUACCCUGCCUUCGCAGACAGCUUCUGGAGUAAGCUGGAAGUCACCUUCAACCUGCGGGACUAUGAAGAUAGCUACCAAUUACGGAGUGCCAACUAUGUGGCAGGCGGUGGUCACCAGGCAUCACCCCAACAGGCUCCACGCAGUCAAGACCACCAGGGCUUCUUCCUCAGUGACAACCAGUCAGGUGCAGCCCCUUCCCUGAGCAUCUCAGACGCAUCUGGCCUCUGGCCUGAGUUGCUGCAGCAAGUGCCCCCCAGGCCAAGUCAGAGCCCCCCAAACCCUCAGGGAGACUCAGACUGCUGGCCUCGGGAGCUAGGCUCCAGGCUAGAGCAGCUCCAGGCCCAGAUGAACAGGCUGGAGUCCCGCAUGUCUUCAGACCUCAGCCGCAUCCUGAAGCUCCUUCAGCAGCCCCUUCCCCAGGACCGCACUGGCUACAUCUUGGGAACCUCCACCUCCAAUGACCUGGCCUUGUUCCCUGCAACCUCAGCGACUCAGAGUCCAGGAACUCAGCUGCCCCGGGGUGACCCACCCCCGGCACAGAUGCCCAGCUACGGUGACACGGAUGAAUGGAGGCCGGAGCUCAGGAACUCUUCCUCUAGGAUGCCCCCCUCUGCCGUGGAAAUGGACAGAACUCUGACACUGUCCUCGGAACAGAAGCAGCCCGAGGGGCUCCUGUCACCCCUGGCCUCCCCUCUGUGUCCCUUGGAGGUACAGGGACUUGUCUGUGGUCCCCGCUUCCCCUCCCUCCCUGAACACCUCAGCUCUGUGCCCAAGCAGUUGGAGUUCCAGAGACAUGGCUCAGAUCCUGGGUUUUCGAGGAGCUAG